AAAUUUGACAUUGGCGCUGAUACAUUAAGAAUCAUGAGAUCGGUCAUUUAAACGUUUAAAUCAACAAGAAACAUUCAGAGGUUCAUUCAUGGUUGGUGUAACCUACGGCAAAUACAGGGCAGAUCUGGAGAUCUACAGUUUUGGUUGUCUUGAAGUCUUGGAAUCUGAAGGAUUUGAAAAUGAACCCUGCACAUUAUGGAAAUUCUUUCGUUGUGAAUCCUACAGAGGAUACUAGAGAGGAAAGUGCGGGAGAUAGCCCUCAACCUUCUUCAUCAACAAGAAACCAAGAAAAUAUAAUUAGUCUGGAGAAGUUCUUUAAACUGGUUCAAAGACAAAAGGCAAUGAAAGGAAUGAUCCUGGUUUGCGAUUCUCCACCUUCGAGCCCGAAGGUACUGGAUAUGAUAACACGUUUGAAGGAAAAAACACCUUUUGACGUUUACUACCACGAAUACUCCAGGGAACAAGGACGGAACGAGUGUGGGUUCAUCGCUGUGUUUAUUGCAUGGGCAUUGGCUUUCAAAUUGGUGAAUGAAAAAUUUCCCAAUUAUGGGGAUAUGGAGUUUCAGAAAGUUCGAGGCAAAAUAAUUGAGUUAUUCAACGACUUUGUUGAGGGAAAACAAGAGGAUCAAGCCCAAUGUCUUUCCGGAAAUCACAUCAUGAAAAUAUUCCAAUCUGGUCAAUUUCUGGACAAUAAUUUCUAUUUGUGGAAUGUGGAUGCAAUGACUGAGCUUUAUCAUGCUUUGAAGCAGAUCAGUAUAUUGACAAAACUUAGUAGGGCUGCUACUGACUGGAAUACAAAUGUGCCUGAAUUAGAUAAGUCAGUGCCUGAAGGUGAUGAUUUCAGAAACAGUGGAAUAUUGGAUUUAAGGAUUUCUGAAUGGGUUUCAAAGAAGCUACAAAGUCGGGCGUUAUCUGUAUUAUUAUCCAAAGUUAUAGGAAAAAUCAGACCGGAAAACGAAGAACUAAAAUCAUAUUUCGAUGAAAUCACAAGAAUGUUGCGUUGCGAAACACCCCAAUGGAAGAGUAUUGAUGAGAUGAUGGAGAAGAUUCUAACUGUACUUCAAUACAAUCAAACUACUCCUCCAUGGCUCCAUGGCAUAUUUGGUGCGGGGGAUCUCGAAGGUGCUCUGAACAAACUAGCAGAGAAUCAUUCAGAAAAGUUCAAAAUUGCUAUCGCAAACAUCAAAUAUCUUGAAGAACAGGAGACCAAAGAGGACGGCCAUUGGUACACAGUUUUAGUGGUGCUCGGAAAUGGUACUACAGCUUGAGAAAGCCAAAAAGGAUUCGUUAAAGAAGAUUGAAUUCGAAAAAAUGGCUUUUUGUUUGAAUGACGGCCUUCUUUGCUAUUUAUCAUAGUAUCAUAUUGGUCUCUGAUUUAGUAGCAAUCCCCCUGAUACCUAUUUGUUAAUUGCUAACACAAGAAGUCAAACCUGCCUACUUUUUAUUUUCAUAGGAUUUUACAUAUUUGCUUGAUCUUGUCUUGUAUUGAUUUAUCAUGUAUAUGAGAGUAUAUCAUUCUAUCCAAAAACGAAUCCAUACCAUAUUUUCUGGAUAAUAAGCUGAUUUAGUGAAUAAGCUGAGGCCAGUUUUCAGCAUUAAAAAUGAGGGUUUUCCCACAUCACAGCGGGGCAGAAAAAUUGUACUUUUUUCUCUAUCUGUAUGGUAAGCACCAAUGUGUGUUUUUUUUUUUUUUUCGAUUCUAUUUUCCUCAUUUACGGCAUUUUUUUGGUAUAAGACACAUGCCGAAGGGCCAUUCUUCCAUGAAUUAGUUUUUCGUUUUGUUCAAAAAUACGUUGAGUUGCGUAUAGACUGACACUAGAAAAUCAAAAAUCUUGGGUCCAGAAAAUCUGCUUUUUAUCCAGAAAAUAUGGUACUUUUCUUGGUACUCCUGUAGUAUGUGUACCAGGUUAGGACAUAAUUUUAUCCCAAUUUUCCUUUUUUUAGUUCCAUUACGAGUUCUCCCCAUCUGUGUUUGCCAAGUGAAUAUACCCCCUGCCCAUAGGUUUCAGUCCCUUUACACAAUUCGAUGUAAAGUAGGCGAGCAAAAUAACGGCAGCUACCUUCAUGUUAGCACACAUACUUCUGGAAUGCCCUUUUCUUAUUUAAUCUGUUAUACUUAUGCAAACCAUAAUUUGCUCAUCAUAUGCCUGAUAGCAGUUAGUUCAUUUUAUUUAUUAAUGAUUGCACAAGUUCCGACCACUGUACUUACAUCUUAUGCAUUUGACUCCAAACACUGCAGCAUAAUGCCUUUGAUUUUUUCUAUUUAUUUUUACCUAUU